AUGAAUGAAAAGAUAGAUAGAAAGCAACUUGGGGGGUUUUGCCAUUAUCUAUUCAUAACUAUUCACUGUCCUUAUUCCUACUCCAAUUUCUCUCUCUAAUCAGUAAGAUCCACUUUGCUUAAAACUGAAUCUCAAAAACUACUACAUACUCUCAAGCUUAUUAGCUAUAGCAGCCACUGAUUGUUGCAACCUUCUACUAUGGACGCCAAUGUAUCCACUAAACUUGAAUCAGAAGAAACUUCUGAGGAGCUCAAAUCAUCAGAAACUCAGGCAUCCAAGAAAAGGAAAAUGGUUGAGAAAACUGUUGUGAGGGUGAGGAUAGGAGAGGGAAACAAUAUCAGCAGACUGAAGAAUGAAGGGCUACCUUCAGAUUUUUGGUCUUGGAGGAAAUAUGGACAAAAGCCAAUCAAAGGGUCUCCAUAUCCAAGGGGUUAUUACAGAUGCAGCACAUCAAAGGGUUGUUCAGCGAAGAAGCAAGUAGAGAGAUGCAGAACAGAUGCUUCAAUGCUCAUCAUCACAUACACCUCUACACAUAAUCACCCUUCUCCUGAUGCAAUAAUCUCCACCCAGAAUUUAUCACAAAAACCAAAAGAACAAGAAGGUGGAGAAACCACAGAAGAAGAACUCUCAAAGGUGGAAGAACAAGAACAAGAACAUGAACAUGAACAUGAACAUGAACAUGAACAUGAGCAUGAGCAUGAACAGGUUGAAGAAGAACACAGCACGGAUCAUGAGAAGCCAAGUACUACUACUGUGUCUAUGGCCACGGGUGAUGAGAAGAGUUUCCAUUACUUGCAGUCUCCAAUAAGCAGCCAUGAAGAUAUUGUUGUUGUAGACCAAGAAGAUCCAUUCAAGCUAAGCAGUGAGAAAAGCCAUGAAAGAAUAGAUCUUUUGUUAGAAGAGGAAGAGCCACUAUGCUAUGCACAGAUCAAGAACUUGACAACGAAAAAAUCAGAUGAACUUGAUUUCUUCGAUGAGCUUGAGGAGUUGCCCAUGUCUUCACCUUUCUUGCACUUCACGAGGAGCAUUUUAUCCGAUGAAAGGAUUCCCGUUUUUCCUUCUUGAUUCACGUGCACACAUGGAAUUGGGGUUGGAGUUGGAAGACAUGAGGGAGAGGAUCGAGGAAUGGGGGGGCCAAUGGCAUUGGAUGUUACAUUUGGUUUUUAUUGAAAGAUAAAUGAUAAAUGGCACGAGGUUCGCGAGGUAGUGCUCUUCUUUUUUUGUCUUUGUAUAGCACUCAGCACUUAGCAAGGACCAAGUGUUCCCUUUUUCUUGGGUGCCCAAAAUGAUGGAGGAGUUAGUGUUGCUUUCCUUUGCCACUUUUCUUCCUAUCAUUAUUCUCUUCACUCCCUUCUUUUUGUCAACACCGGACACUUAUUUUAUUUUUUGAUUUUAUCCGUAUCAAAAAUGAACACCCACUUUUUUUAUUUAUUAA